AUGCGCAGACAUCCAGGUCCUCCGCCUUAUGGUCCGCGUCGCGCAGGAUCCGCCGCGCCCGCUGGCGCGCACGCUGGCGCGCACGGCUAUGGUGGCGGACAGGGCUACACUGGCGGCGGCGGAAGCAGCGGUUAUGGCGGACACGGGUACACGGGGGGAGGCGGUGGCGCAGCUAGGGGCCCGCGCGGAGGCAGGUCGCCGUAUGCGCAGCAUCCUUCCGCGCAACCGCCCGCCGCGCAAGCUCCCCCAGCGGCGCAAGCAACUCCCCCGCCUCCCCCUCCGCCAGCCCCCGUGAACCCCGCCGUGGCGGAUGCCGGCGCGCGGGCUGUGCGGUGGCUUGAGGAGGCAGCGGAGGGAAUCGGCGCUGACGUGGCGUUGCGCGGAGCGGCCAGCGAUUCUGGAGCCACCAGUCGUUUCUCGACAGCUGGAGGCGAUGGAUUGCCUCAAGAGGUGCAGUCCAUAAGCCGAGUGGCGUCACUACUCCAGUCGCCCAUGGCAUCUCAAUUGCUCGCCUGGGAGCCCACAGCCAGUCGCAUCUGGAUGCUGCUCGAACGCCUGCUCGCGCACAGGGAUGCGGUCAUCCAAUCAGCAGCUGCUUCUGCCAUUGGCGUUGCAGCGGCGGUGCGCCUCUCGUCCGAAUCGACCCCUCUUUCUCCAGGCGCUGCAGCUCUGCCAGCUGUCGCCGUCUCAUUUGCAGGAGCGGAGCGUCUCUUUGCGUGGGCCCUCCCCCAGCUCACAGAUCCCAAUGCUGACGUGGCAAACACGCGCCUCGCCCUGCUGGCAGCUGCCCCCUUCUGCCAGCUGGCACCCGCGCCUUUGCCAGAUCCGAACUCAGCCCCAGCUGCUGCUGCACCGGCAGGAGCAAACGCAGCAGCAGCAGCAGCGACGGCAGCAGCAGCGGCAGCAGCGGCGGCAUCAUCAGCAGCAGCAGCGGCGGCAUCAGAGCCAUACGUCUCCAGCUGUGUGCAGGCCUGUCAGGGCCUGCUAGAGGACGAAGGAACGCCGCCCACGCUCCUCCCGCCCAUCCUCUCCGUCCUCGUCGCCGUCGCAGAGCGCUUUCCCGGAACCUUCCUGCAGCAGUUUGAAGAAAUCAUAGACCUGCUGCUGGGGUGGGCCAUGGAGCCGUCAGUUUUGCCGGCUAGCCGGCAGCUUAUCGGCGACUGUUUCUUGCGGUUUGGCCGGCAGUGGCGGGAGAAGGGAUCAUUCACUCGAAACGUGCUGCUGAAAUUGGUGGGAGAUAUUGAAACGGAGGUGAAAGCAGGUAACGGGGCGGGUGAUAGUGGUUCUGCUGGUGUUGCUUCUGGGGCUGUCGGUAAUGCAGGAGGUUCUGGCAGUAGUGGUGGUGGGGGAAGGAGCAGGGCAGCGGCAGCAGCAGCAGCAGCAGCGGCAGCGGCAGCGGCAGAAGAGGCAGACGCUUCGGAUGCUCGCUUGGCCGCGCUGACUUUGUCUUUUAGUGCUGUUCUGGGCGGCGUGACAGGCUGGCGAGGUGUCCCUAGUGCCAGCACUCGUAGCGGGGCUGUUGGGGGAAGUGUGAGUGGCGCGGUUAUUGGGAAUGCAGCAGUUAGGCACGGAAAUGCGGCUGGGAGAGAGGAUGAAUCAUGGCGGCAGGUGGUUCCUUUGGAAAGCCUGUUCCGGCGCUGGCUGGUGCUGCUGCGAGAUCUCCUGCAGGUGGACAUUCAGGUGGAUUCUCAGGUGGAGGGAGGAGAUGGUGGGAAAGCAGUGCCAGUGGCAGCAGGGGGCGCAAGGGCAGCAGCAGAAGGUGGAGCAGCAAUUGGGGCAGCAGCAGGAGGGGGAGUAGCAAGUGGGGGAGCAGCAGGAGGGGGAGGGCAGGUGAGGAGGGUGCCAGUGGGGAGAGCAGGGGUGGCACGGGUGACAUGGGUGGCAGAGUGGUGGGCUGUGCUGCCUAUCUAUGUCUGGGCACUUUGUGUUGGUGGUAACCACGCGCAGUUGUGGAAAGGGAAGGAACAUCAGCAGCAGCAUCAGGAGGAGCAGCACCAAGAGGCGCUGCCUCAUUUCUCUCCUGUUGGGCAGUUUCUAAGAAGCUUCUACGUGCCAGCUGUCGCCCCUCUCCUGAACGCCGUCGCCAGCACGCGCCUCUUCCCGCCGCCCGCCCUCGCGGCCGUGCUGCGCUGCCACCUGGCGGCGCUUGAUUCGCUGUGCGGGCUCUGUGUGACGGAGCUGCAGGCUCAACUGGCGGAGGUGGUAUCUGUCGAGUGCAACGCAGUAGAUCAACGAGGCCAGCAGCAGCAGCAGCUGCAGGGAAGAGAAGACGAACUUACGACUGGAGUACGAAAUGCAGGAGCCGGAAAAGAAGGAGAUGGGAAAGAAGGAGAUGGGAAAGAAGGAGAUGGGAAAGACGUUUUGCCCAAAAGUUCCUUUGCAGCAGACCCCCUGGCUGCAGCCUUCUCUGCGCUCCUCUUUGCCCGCCCCUACGCCCCGCUCCCUCUCCUCCGCCUGCACCCCCACCCUGCUGUCGCCUCCGCUGCAGCCGACACCCUCCUCUCCCUCCUCGCCUUCCCUCCUCUCACACUCCUUUCAUCCACCUCAGUCAUCCUUCCCGCCGCCCCUUCUUUGCCGUCCUCCCCUCUUUCCUCCUACUCUCUCCCCUGCUCCCCCCUGUCAGUGCCGCUUGCCUUCCUGCUGGCAGAGAUGCGAGACUGCUACCGCUGUGUCAUUCCCACCACACACUGCAGCAGCACUGGUAACCAGGCGACUGGUGGGGUUGCUGGCGAGGGGGAAACCGGGGCAGGAAAGCAGCAGAGGAAGAAGAGGAGAAAGGCCAUUCACCCACUGGGCUAUCGUACCCUCUUUGACUGCAACUCCGCGUUGGAAGGCUGGUGCAGGCAGCAUGGGUCCGACCUAUUUCCGUCUGCUGCUGACGUGGCGGAGUGGGAUUGGACGGUGGAGGAAGCGGAAGCGCUCCUACGGUUUGACCUGGUGGCUCUGUCCUCGGGGUUGACCCGCGGCACUCUGCUGUGCGCCGACAGCAUGAGAUUUGAUGCAGCAGCACCAUCACCAUCACCGUCAGCACCAGCAGCAGCAGUGCGGCUCCAGCAGAAAAUGGCAGAAGGGAUCUCCUCGCUGCUCUGUGCUCUUGUUUCAGACUUCCGCCACUGGACCCACCGCCUCUGGCCACUCCCGCGCUGCCAGGUGGCGGCGUUUCACGGGCUGAGGGCCGCCUCUCAGGCUGCGUUCCGAGGCGAGAGCAUGCUGCUGGGGUUCGAUGCGGCAGCUACUGCAAGCACAUCCGUUAUUGUCACAGCCACUACAGCUGGAGCCACCGCCGCAAGUGCAGUCCUGUGUGCACCUGCUACUGCUGGCGCUGGGGAUGCUAUUUCUGCGAAAUCAGAGAGUACAUGUACAAGUGCUGAGAUCGGUACCGUUCCCACUAAGGAUGUCACUGGCAAGUCUUUGAUUGGGAGGAGGAGGAUUAGGAGCAGCACCAGAGGUGCAUCUGCAGCUGCUCUUGUGCUUGCUGAGCUGGCGCUUAGCUGGCGUGACGUGGCGUGGGCGUUGCAGGAGGGCGAGGCGUGUGCUGGUCUGAAGCUGGAGGCUCUGGCAUGGCUUCGACAGAUAUCUGACUUGUCGCUUCUCGCAGCCACAGGGGCACUCUUUGGCUGGCAAGCUUUGUCUGUAGCGCAAGUGGCGCUGUUCCAGGCGGGCGGCGACCACGAUCCCGGCGUCCGCAAGGCAAUGCAGGAGUUGCUUCAGAAGGCGCUGCUCUCUGCUGCUGUCUCCCCCACCAUCCCUCCAGCAGCAACAGCAUCAAUUGAAGCAGAAGCAGCAGAUGGAGAGCUGGACAGCUGGCGCCAGCUGGCGGCGGUGAACGGUGAGCUGGCGCUGAGGUGGCUGGUCCAGCUGGCGGCGCGGCAGUGCAUGAGCGGGCGGCUGCGCACGCAUUACGGGGGGGCAUCUGCCACGUUUGCAGCCUUUGAACGGACUCUCUCUGACGCCACCACUCCCACUGUCGCCCGCCUGCCCCUGCUGCCCAAAGGGGUGGUGGUGGUGGUGCCAGGGAAGGGAGGGACUCGAAGAGGAGGGAAAGAAGCCUCGGCUUCAGCUUUGGGCCGAACCAGCUCAGCAGAUGCGAUUGCUGGGCUGAGGGAGUGGCUGCAGGUGCUUGUGCAAUCGCUGCCGCACGCUCCUGCCUCUGCCACUGGUAAUGCAGGCACAGCAGCAGCAACAAUAACAGCAGCAGCAACAGCAGCUGAGCUUCUACAGAAACACGUGUGGCUCUUAAAGGGGAUGGAGCUGGAGGCAGAUGGAAGGUUUGAGGAAGCUGCCGAGCAUUACAGAGGAGCGAUGGAGACAGGAAGAGUUGGUGAUAGUGGUAGUGGUGCUGGUGGUGAUGAUGGUGGGGUAAGAGGAACAAAGGCGACGGGGGUGGUGGAGAAGAGUGGGUUGGGGCGAGCGGGGCAGUUAGGAGCCGAAGAAAAGGAGGGACAGGGAGGGGGAGAGGGGGAGGGCGAGGGGUGUGUGAUGGGUGCGCGGCUGAUAGACGUAUACAGCGCUGUGGGGGACUUGGAGCAGCUGCAGGCGUUCCUCAAGGUGCUGCUGGGUGCUGCUGGGUGCUCUGCUCUCUUCUUUGCUGCCAAUCCUCUCAGCCAAUCAGCUGAAGCUGCCACAUCAGCGUGCCUUCAUUACCAGCAGGAUCUGUCAUCAGCUCUCUCCCUCGCAUGCUUCGACCCGCUCCUCCUCAACCCCAACCCCAACCCUUCUGCGGACAACCUUCUUGCUGGGAGCGCGGAGUUGGGAAGAGCAGCCCACCGAGCCCCACCUUUGCUGCUGCCGCUGCCGCUGCUGUCUGCUCCUGUGCGAUCCCUGGAUGCAUUCUCAGCCGUUAGAUUCGCCCGGCACAAUGCGAUCGCUGCCAUGCUGUAUUUGGGAAGAAUGGUUCAGCCAUCCCAGCAUGCAGCAGCAGCAGCAGCAGCAGCAGGUGCAGGAGCAACAGAGUUACCAACAGGUUUGGCAGCAGCAGGGACGCCAGAGGCAGCGUUAACUGUAUUGGCGGGAGGUGCUGACCCCAAGGAACCUUCUGUGAAGCAGCUUCUGGAUGGGCUGGAAUCUGCCAGGUCAGCGCUGGGUCGGCCUCUGUUGUCUCUAUCCGCAGAGGGCUAUCCCGUGAACCCAGCAGCAGCCAUGCCACUGGCGCUAGCAGCACUGGAAUGCUCUCUCCUGCAGGGCACACUAGUAGGACUGUCCAACACACGGGAGCAGCACCCCCAUUUUGAGGCGCCUCAACAGUACAACGCACCGGAGCAGCAGAACAAAUCACAGCAGCAGCAGCAGCAGCAGAAGCAGCACAGGGAUGGGAAUCGUCAGCUCCACAUACACAACCUGUUUGGUUCCAACGGGUUUGGAGGAGAAGAUUCUUUGUUUGCCAGCUGUCACGAUGGCAUAGGCUCGCUGCUCUGGGAGCUGCCCCCUUGGCUCGGGGUGCUCCAAGCCUGCCAUGUUGCCCAGCCACGGCAUGCCGAAGCUGCCUCGGUGCUUCGGCUGCAUCUGGCCCGGCAGGCCAGGCUCGGUGGGAACCUGCGGCUGGCGAGCCGGUUGCUGUCUGGUUCGGUGGCCGCUCCGGCAGAGCAGCAGCAGGUUUGGCGAGAUGAUGUGAGAGAAGAGCUGGGGAUGUGGAGGGCGAUAGAGGCGUGUGAGGUGGCACAUGCGGAUGGGCGACACCUGGAUGCUGUGAGAGGGGCGGCGGUGUGGGCGGCAGUGGGAGCAUGCAGCGAGAUGUCGCAAGCCUGGCUGGCAUACGCCCAGUGGCUGGACUGCAUUGCCGACACACGCAUGCCCCGCCAUGCUGGCACGCUUGCUGCUGACGUGGCGCAAGGCGACAGCACAGGAGGGGAAGGAGAGGGGAGAAACAAGGAGGAGGAGGAUGAGGAGGAGCAGGAGGUGGAUGUGGUAGCAGCGCUGCCUGCUUCUCUUGAUGACGAUUACAGUGCUGAUGCUGCUGUGCCUGCUCCUGGUGGUGGUACGUCCGGCAUGGCCACCAACAAGGCGGCAGAAACGGCAGCAGAGGAAGCAGAAGCAGCGCAAGCAUCCGCGCUCCCAGCUGCCCAAUCACUGACUGCCACGUGUCUGGCAAUCAUGGACCAAUUACUGCUGCUCCCAGCCCCUCCUGCCUCUCCCGCCCUGCCCUCCCACACUCUUGCCCAGCCCGUCUCUGUGUCCCCCUCUCGGUUCAAAGCCAUGGGACCAAACGGAUUGCAUGUGGGCAGCAGGGAGGGAGGUCUGGGUGCAGUAGAGGCGCGUGGGUUGGGCGGUGGGUUGGAUGCGAGGUGCAUGGGAGGUGUGUCAGGGGCGAGUGAUCAGGUAGAGGAGUGCUUGUGGCAGGAGCUGAUGCAGCAGCUGAGUGCAGCAGUGGUGCAACAGAUGACAGCCGUGCUGGGAGGAGGAGAGCAGCUGGACUAUUGUGGCGAGGAUAACAGCGGGGAUGCUGCUGCUGCUGCUGCUGUUGCUGGCGGUGCUGCUGCUGUUGCUGGCGGUGCUGCUGCGUCAGCUGUGGCAGCGGUGGCAACGCCAGCAGCGGCAGCAGCUGUGGCAGCAGCGGUGCAUCAGCUGCUCGCCACCUGGCGCGCCGCCCGCUUCCGCGCGCUGUCAACGCGACACCUGGCAGCCCGCGCGUACAUGCGGUUCCUGCAGCUCUCUGGGUCUGGGUGGGGUGGGUCGUACUCGGGGGAGGCAGGAGGGGGAGGUGGGGUGUGCAUUGAAGGAGGAGAGGCUGGUGGGAGGAGUGGGGAAGAUGGCGCAAGGAAGAGCAGGAAGAGGAGUAAAGGGAGUGUGAGUGGUGCAAGGGAGCAUGGCAGGGGAGAAGAUACGAUGACCAGGAAGGAGGGAUGGCCGCAGGGGUUGGAGAGAGGUCAGAAGGGGUGUGAGGCUGUUGGGAUGGGUGGGGCGAAGCAGAGCGGGUGGGAGGGGAGGAUGGAGGAGGAUGGUGGGUCAUGCGGGGCGGCGGUGGCAGGUGGGAGUGCGGUGCUGACAUGUGUCGCGAUGCGAGUGGUUGAUAUUCUCAUGCAGCACGGCUCGCAUAUGCCGCCCGUGGUUGCCGCCCCUGUGGAUGUCGGAUGUCCACACGCCUGGCAGCCCAUUCUCCCGCAGCUCCUGGCCGCGAUAUCGGCGCAGCGCAGCACGGCAGUCAGGCUGCAGCUGACACGUGUCCUGCUCUCAUUGGCCGGCGCCGCCCCGUCCCUGGUGGUGUACCGGCUGUGUGCAGCUGAGAAGCAUCGCCUGCAGCACCUCAGCCUCGCGCUCGCCUCCCUCCCUGCUGCUGCUGCUCCUCCUCCUACUGCCUCCCUCCCUCCCGCUGCUCCUCCCACUACUGCCCCUCCUACUGCCCGCUCUCCUACUGGCAUUCCUUCUGCCCCUCCUACUGCCCCUCCUACUGCUCCUCCUCCCGCUCUCCUUCCUAACUCUACAACUGCCGGUUCGGCCACUUCUGCCAGUGCUGCCGAUGCAUCAGUUGCUGUUGAUGACGUGGCAGCUGACCUGGCAUGGCACGUGGCGCUAUCGCAAGCCACGCCUGGUUGGCAUCAGCUGCGAGCUGCUCUCUCCUUCCUGGAGCACCACCAUCCUGCUAUGGUGACAUCAGCGCGUGCGCUGCUGACAUCAGCCGAUCGCCUGGCAGUUUUGCCAGAAGAGAGAUUGCUGACCUCCCUUCAGUCCUGCCUCUCCCUCCUCCACCGCUCCCUCUCCUCCCUCCUCCUCUCCACCCGCCACCAACUCUCCGCUUCCUCCGCCGCCGCUGCUGCAGCGGUUGCCGUCCCAGCCAUUGCUGAUGUGCGUGUGGGGCAGAGACAGGGGCUAAGGCAGGCACAUGCUGCUGCUGCUCCUUCUGCUUCUGCUGCUAUUGGCGGUGGUAGUGAUGGUGGUGUUGCUUUGGCAGGCACCCCCCUGCUAGCAGCGGUGAUUCCGGGGGUUGCGAUUACGGCUCUCCGCCCUCUCAUCGCUGCAGCUGUAGCCGCGCUACAGUCGCCGCCCGCUGAUGUCAGCAGCGGCGCACUACGAGACAAAUGCCGCCCGCUGGAGGCGGCUGUAGCGGCGCUGCAGAGGGAGCAGCGGCGGUACCUCUCGCUGCCAGCUGUCGCACCAGGAUUCGCCGCUUUAAGGGACACUGCUGCCCCUGUCCCUGGUUGCUUAUCCAACUCUGUUACAAGCAGAUUCGUUACAGGGAGUAGUGAUCCUGACGCUCUGAUUAAUUCAUGUGCUUAUAAUGAAGGGCUAGUGACAGUCGCUGCUGUGAGAGAUAAAGUGGAAGUUCUCAGCACCAAGACCCGCCCGAAGCGCAUCGUGAUCGUCGGAUCCGACGGCCAGGAUCGCAGCUUCCUGAUCAAGGGCCGCGAGGACCUCCGAUUGGACGCACGGAUCUCCCAGCUCUUCCAGGCAGCCAAUGGGCUGAUGCAGAGCCACGGACCAACCAGGAAGCGACAGCUGGCGGUGAGGCAGUAUGAGGUGGUGCCUACGGGGAUUCAGUCAGGCAUGAUCCAGUGGCUUGAAGGGUUGCAUAGUCUGUACUCGCUGUAUAAGGCGUGGCAGUCCCGCCAGGCUGCUGCUGCCACCGCUGCUGCUGCUGCCGCUGCUACUGCUGGUGGGGUUGGUGCGGCUGGUGGUGCUGCAGGUGGUGGUGCAGGAGGGAAAGGAGGAGCAGCAGCACCGGCAGUAGCAACGCAAGCAGCACCAGCAGCAGCGGCGGUGGUGCAGCGGCCCACGGAGAUGUUCUUUGCCAAGGUGGCGGCCGCGCUGCAGGCCAGAGGCAUGAGCCGCUCCACGCCGCGCUCUGAUUGGCCGGCGGACGUGAAGCGCAGCGUGUUUGAUGAGCUGGCAAGGGAGGUGCCACGUCAGCUGCUGGCAAAGGAGAUGUGGAGCUCAACGACUGGCUCUGAGGGGUGGUGGGACAAGCAGCAGCGUUGUGGAACGAUUCCCCCCCACUUCACAUCCAACACAUCCCUCCUUUUCCUCAUUUCUUCUCUCAACGCCUUCUCCUUCCUUACCUAUAUUGGCGUCCUCCUUCCUUCCUUAUCCCCACCAUUCCAUUCACACACGCGUCUGUCUCGCUCCCCUCUCCCCCCCUCACCCACCAGCUACACAGCAUCAACAGCAGUCACCAGCACAGCGGGCUACAUCCUUGGCAUCGGCGACCGCCACCUCGACAACAUCCUCUGGGACCUCUCCUCCUCCUCCUCCUCCUCUUCCUCUCACUCCUCCGCCCUCGCUUCGACCUCUUCUGCCGGCUCAGUGGUGCACAUAGACUUCACGGUGGCGUUUGACAGGGGCCGCCUGCUCAAGGUGCCGGAGCUCGUGCCGUUCCGCCUCACCACCACGCUCCGGGGAGCCAUGGGGCUGCCCGGUGCUCUCUCCCCGUCCGGCCCGUUCGUCUCUGCUGCUGUCGCCGCGUUUGAGGCUAUGCGGGGCGGGCUGAUGGGUGGGGGCGAGUGGGGCGGGAUUGGGGGUGAAUGGGAAGGGGUUGCUGCUGCUGCUGCUGGGGUAAAAGCAAGGCUUGGAAGAAGAGAGCGUGUGGGGAUGGGGGGAGGAACGGGGAGUGCAGCAGCAGCAGGAGGGGCGUUGCUGCCUGCACUUAUGAGUGCGUUCCUCUGGGACCCUCUGGACGAGUGGGGAGGCCCGCUCGCCCCCGCUGCUGCCACUGCCACUCCCAAACCUGCUCCUCCUGCUCCUGCGGCUGCCCGUACUGCUGCUGCACCAGCACCCUCUGCUGCAGCCAUGCCAGCACCCUCUGCUGCAGCCAUGCCAGCACCCUCUGCUGCAGCCAUGCCAGCACCCUCUGCUGCAGCCAUGCCAGCAGCUCCCGCCCCUACCAAAGCCAACCCCGAGGCUGCUCCUCGGCCUGCAUUUCCAGGUGGUAUCUGGGACGGGGCGCUGCUGCCGUGGGAGGCGGAGGUGGUGACAGGCGCUGCUGCACUGGGCGAACCCAGGGGGAGGUGCACCUGGGGAGGGUGGCAGCAGAGCAACGGCAGCAGCAGCGAGAUCAUCAGUGCUGCUGCACGCUCAGACAAGGGAGGGGCAAUGGGAGCUUCAGUGGAGGCGAUGCUUGGUGCUGCCAUGACACUUCAUGCCUUGACCCACUCUACCUGCUCCUCUUCCUCCUCUUCCACCGGUCCCUACCUCCUGGUCAGAUUCCAUUCCUCUCCUAUCCUAUGCCCUCCUUCCCCCGUUCUUUCUUCCACUUCCCCGUUACAACCUCCCUCCUUUCCCCCCCCUCCCUUCCCCAUUGAACUCCCCGGCCCACCAUGCCUCUGCAUCCCCUUUGCCCUUCCAACCGCUGCCAUCAUCUCAAUUGUCACUACGUUGGCUCUCAGCCUAUCCGAUGCCGCCAAGUCAGCUGCUGUGUCUGUUCAGCUUCUUAUUGACACGUCAGAAUCCAAGAAUCAGGCUCGCUCCGACCUCGUAGCAGCCCAGGAAUCCUCUAAGAAGCUUCUCACGGAAGAGGAAGCUUCCAGGCAAACGCUGCGAGCAGCCAUGGAAGCCCUCUCUCGCCUCGGCGACCAGCAUCGGGGGAAGGCUCGGCGCGCCGAAGCUAAGGCCGCAGCAGCCAUGGAUGCCGUGGGCGAGGCUCGGCGGUGGUUGGACGACAAGCGGGCAGCGCUUGCUGAGCUGGCACCAUCCUUGCCGCCAGCUGUCACUGUCUCUGGUGUUCCCACGCCUAGUCAGAGUGGUGGGAGUGGGAGUGGCAGCGCCCGUGCUGCUGGAUGGCUGAUGGGGGAGGAUGUGAGGCGGUGGGCUGCUGCUGCACUGGGCAACAUGGCAUGGCAGGAUGGCCGUGCGGAUGCCACCCUGCCGUUACUCCUCUCCUCAUCCUCCCCCUCCUCAUCAUCUCCAUCAACAUCAUCGUCCCAGUCACUAUCACUUUCAUCACAGCCGGUAGCGUCAGUGCCUAGCAGCACGCUCUCUCUUCUGGAUAUCGCUACCAAUCCAUUUCCCUCCUCUGCUCCUCUGCAGCCGCAGCAGCAGAAGCCGCAGCAGCCAACGUUGCUUCCCCUCGCCGUCAUCCCUGAGGCUCUCCGUGCCAGCUGUCGCCAGCUGGACCUCCACGUGUGCCAGCUGGCGGCCGCGCGCUGCCGUGCCGUGCUGCGAUUGGUCGGCGGGCUGAGGGCGUAUGGGGAGGCUGCGGUGGUGGCAGGCGGGGUGGGGGUGACGGGAGGGAAGAGAGGCAGGGCGCAGGGAACAGUAGUAGCAUCUUCUGAGCAGGUUGCGAGCGAAGGUGAAGUGGAAGAGGUAUGUAGCAGGCAACCACUGCACGCCCCCCUCCCCACCGCAACUGUCUGCAUCAACUCGUAUCUGAGCACGAGCGCUGUAAGCCGGUGGGCGCGUGCACUGGAAGCCACUGUGACAGCUGCAGGGCUGAGAGCUCUGCCUGCUGGUGUGGGCGAGAGGGAGAUGCGCGAUGAGGCGCGGGCUGCCAGAGAGGUGCUGGAUGGGAUGGGGCGGGUGGAUGGCGGGGUGGGGGGUGGGAGACGCGUGUGGGCGCUGCCAGGAGGAGAAGGGAUGGUAGAGGGCCUUGGCAGUGAAAGUGGCGGUCGCAGCAGUAGCAGUGGCAGCGGCAGCAGCGGCGGCAGCAGCAGGAGUAGUGAGGAGCGAUUGGUGGAGCGAAGGCAGGUGCUGGUGACGGCUGUAGAGGACGCUUGGAGGGUUGUGGGCGGGGAGAGGAGCAGUGAGAAAGAGUCAGAGAAGACGACAAAAAUAGAGGAGGGUGAGGAGGAGGAGGAGCAAGUGGUGAAGGAGAUUGAGCGAGUUCUCAGAGGGGGGAGCAGGAAAGUUGGGAACCAGGGAAGGUUGUAUCUGUUGGUGACGGCUGUUGGCCUGGCAGCAGCAGCUGCCACAGAAGCAGCCACAACAGAAGGCGCAGCUGGUGCUGCUGCUGCUGCUGCUAACAGUGAUGCUUCCAGAGAGGAGUGGUUUUCUGAGAAUUCUCAAAAGACAGGAGGAACAUGGGUUGAAGGAAUGGUCAGCGAGCAGGCAGAGGGAUCAGGUGUGAAGGAAUCAGAGACAGAGGGAGCGCAAUUGGGAGCAUGGAAGGAGGGAUUGGGAGGAGAGGUAGUGCUUCGCGAGGAGGUGGCACGAGUGGAAGGCAGGAUUCUGUUCGGCUCUGCUCUGGCGUCUUUGCUGACUCAGUUGACAGUUGGUGGUGUGAGCGUGACACAGGGCAGUGGGCGUGCUGAGCUGGUGGAGGCGUGUGUAGGCGAGCAGCACGUGGCACUGUCUGAGUCCCAGCAGCAGGAAGCAAGACAGCCAGAACAAACGCAGCAAGAACCAACUCUUUUCUGUCCUGCUGCCCUUCCUGCCACUCCCUCCCUGCCAUUCUCCCCACCCUCCUUGUCACCCCGCCCUCUAUCAAUCCCCUCUCCUUCAUCCCCUGUGCCCUCGCCUCCCACUACCCCUCCUGCUCGCUUGCCUGCACGUCCUUCACUCUCUCAAGACACAGCUCCUGAUGCCGGCGUUGUUGCUCCUUAUGAUGCUGAUGUGGUUUCUACUGAUGUUUCCACUGCUGCUUCUGUUUCUGCUGCUGCUGCUUCUACUGCUGCUGCUGGUGCUGCUGAUGCUGCUGCUGGUGCUGGUAGUGCUGUGGGCAGUGGUGAUAUUACUGCAGAUCCAGCUGCUGCAGCGAGCAGUGCGUCAGGCACACAUCAUGCACACCUCGUUGCUGCAGCAGGCAGUGGUGGCACACAGUCCGCACUAGCUCCAAUGGUAUCAGAGCACCUUCCCCCAGUCGUUCCUCUUGCUUGCUACAGAGAAUCCUUGCAAGCAGCGCUUGCUGCGCUUCGUUCUGCUCGCUCCCUCUCCUCCCUCCACCUCCACCACCUGCUGCCGAGCCUCGUUCCGAGCCUACUUCCGAGCCCAGUUUCGAGCCCCGUUCCGGACAUGUCGAGUGCAGCUUCGUCACUAGAUAAGCAGGCUGUCUCAUCGCCUCUUGUGGCCCAGUUCCUGGAAGCUUCUGACAGGAUUGAGCGUCUGGUGCAGGGAGGGGGGAGGGGUGACAGUACGGAUGGUGAUAGUAGAGGGGGGAAGGAACGCAGCAGUGGUGGUGUGGGUGGUGACGUGGAAGAGGGUGACUCAUGGCUGCUGGGUGCUCUGGAGGAGGAGGAGAGGGCUAUAGAGCAGCUCAUGGGCUCACUCCCUGCUGCUUCUGCUCCUGCUCCAGCUGCUGGUGCUGGUGCUGGUGCUGGUGCUGGUGCUGGUGCUGGUGCUGGUGCUGCUUCUGGUGCUGAUACUGUUGGUGCUGAUGUUUCUGGUGCUAGUGAUGCUGCCACUACUGCAGAGGUUGCAGGGGAGCAGCAGCCAGGCAACAAGGGAACGGAGCAGGCAGCCUCUGCACCGUCCUCUCCUUCCCUCGCACAGCAGCAGGAGCCGUCGCAACCAAAACCUGCUCCCAAGUUCCAGCUGGCGGACACUGUUCAUGCCGCCCCGUUCGUGCCCAGACAGGCCAUGCUACACCACACUGCUGCUCCCUACUCCCCAUCCCUGCCUGCUGCUGCUGCUGCCGCUGCGCCUUCUGCUCCUCCUCCUAUGCCUCCCCUCACCGCGCUGAUCCACCUCUACCGGUCGUUUGACUCUCUUGCAGCAGCGCACUCUGCCUUCCUAUCACUCCUCCCAACCUCCACUGUCCCUGCUGCUCUUGAUGCUCCACUCACCACUACUGCUGCAGCAAAACCAGCAGCAACCUCCACUCCUCUCCUCCGUCUGCCUCCGUCAGUUCGUCUGUUUGUGGUGCGGGUGCAACUGGUGGCUGCAGUGCUGCGAGCCUGUCUGGCUGAGAGGAAGGCAGCAAACGCAGGGCGAGCUGAGGAGGGGAAGCAGGAGAGUAUCGAGAAAAGCAUAUCCGGCACAGAGGCAGAAGGAAGGGGUGAGGACUUGGAGGGGCAGGAGGGAAGUCAGAGUAGAGAAGCUGCUCUUUUCAAGAAGAUCCAUGUGGCGAUUCGUGAUUGGUUGAGGGCAUACACUACUGAGUGUGUGGGGCCGCUAGUGGAGGGUCUGGUGUGUGGGUUCGUGCAUCCUGCCAAUCUCAAGCAGCACACGGCUGACGAUUCGAGUCUUUGCGUGCCAUCCCCGCGCAUGCACGCUGCACACGUGGCAGCCCUUGCUGCUGCACGUGCUGAGCUGGCAGGCUUUGAUUGGUUGCACGAGCCUCAGCUGCCAGCUGGCUGUGUGACACCUGUCCCUGUUGCUGCCACCCUGGCAGCGAACUCUAGUGGCUUUGGUGAUGCCGCUGGUGAUGAUGCUUCUGGGCUCAGUAGUGGUGGUGGUACUGGCAGCAUUCACCAGAAGCAGCACCAGCAGCAGCUGCAACCAUCGCCACCCCCCUCACGCACUGCCCUGCUAAGCCAAAUCUGCGCCGAUCUGGCUGUGGUGCUAAAGACAACGGAAGCCAUCCAGAUGUCGGAGGCGGCCGGCGCCACUGUAGAAGCUGACCUGGACCGGCUGCUCUUCUGGUGUUCUUCCUCUCCCCCUCGCCCAUUCGUCCAAGCAGCCUCGUCAGUCCAUCUGCAGGCGGCACAGCAGGCAGAGAGGGCGGCUCGGGCGGCUCAGGUGGAAACAACAGAAGCGCGGCUGGCAGCUCAGAAGCUGGUCGACAGGCUGUCAGUCACGCUGCAGGAGCAGUCAGCCAAUCAUAGUGCGGCCCUCUCUCAAGCGCACCAAGCAGCAGCAGGCCUCUCGUUGGCUGCUGCCAGCCUCGCCCCCUUCCUCUCCCACUCCAUCCUGCCUCUCGUUCGCCAGGCCUUUGCCGCGGCGUCUGCAGUGCAGGGCUCAGUCCUUUCUGCUAUAAUCACACCGGAUAUUGUCUCGGCCGCCAAUAAAGUGCAUUCGGAGUGCCGCAGUUUCAUCGGCCUGCUUGAAGCA